GGCAAAAAGGGAACGAAAAGAAAGGGAGGGACAGAGGUGCAGGGCCAACCUGCGUGGUGCGGGUGGUUUCGAGCACGGGCAAGCGCCACCCCGCUCGCUGCCGAUCCCAAUCCGGCUACAGCAGCGGCCGCCGGCCGCCCCGCCUGCGGGGCCUCCCUCCGACCGUUCCCCCCGCCCUCCAUGGCAGGCUCCAUGGUGGACCGCGCCACCAGCGACAUGCUCAUCAGCCCGGACUGGGCUAAGAACAUGGAGAUCUGCGACAUAUGCAACCGCGACCCUGGGCAAUCGAAAGAUGUCGUCAAGGCACUGAAGAAACGGAUUGGCCACAAGAAUCCAAAAGUUCAACUUCUUGCGCUAACUUUGUUGGAAACUGUUAUUAAAAACUGUGGGGAUAUACUUCACAUGCAUGUCGCAGAGAGAGAUAUAUUGCAUGAGAUGGUGAAGAUAGUGAAGAAAAAGUCUGAUCCUCGUGUUAAAGAGAAAGUAUUGGUGCUGAUAGAUACAUGGCAAGAAGCAUUUGGGGGACCACGUGCAAGAUAUCCACAAUACUAUGCAGCAUACCAUGAGUUGGUGCGUGCUGGAGCUGAAUUCCCCAAGAGACCAGAGAAACCUGCACCUUUGUUUAAUGGUCAGUCUCAAGCAGCAAGGAAUAUGCGUAGUCCUGACCAACAGGAUGCUGCAGAAUCUUCUACUGCCAAUGAUUUCCCUGCUUUGAGCAUGUCAGAGAUUCAGAAUGCUCGUGGUAUUAUGGAUGUACUUGCCGAGAUGCUGAAUGCUUUAGGCCCUGGAAACAGAGAGGGAUUAAGGCAGGAGGUAAUUGUGGAACUCGUGGACCAAUGCCGCACUUACAAGCAGAGAGUAGUGCAGCUAGUUAAUUCUACCACGGAUGAGGAACUUAUGUCGCAGGGGCUCGCACUGAAUGAUGAUUUGCAGAGUGUUCUAGCAAAACAUGAUGCAAUAGCAGCAGGCAUUGCAGUUCGAGUGGAGAAAAAACCAAAGUCUUUGCAAUCACUUGUAGAGACUGAGGAUUCGGCAAACCAGGACUCCAAAAAGGAGCAGGGACUCAUAGAUAUUGAGGAUCCCACAAGCCAAGAUGCUGCAAAAGAGCCAAAUCAAAGUACAAGUGACCAAUCUCCUUUUGAGCAAUUAGCUCUUCCAGCACCACCAGUGUCAAAUGGCGCAGCAACAAAAUCUGACCUUGGCAUUGAUCUUCUGAGCUGGGAUGAUACCCCUGCUACAGCACAAAAUCCACUAGCUCUUGUUCCUGUCACAGAUCCUCUUGCUGACUCGACUUCAUCGAAUCAAAAUGCACUAGCAAUUGUGGACACAUUUUCACAGAACAGCACCGUUAACAGCAACACUCAAGCUGCUGACCCCUUUGGUCUCAAUCCAAGUUCUGCUAUUCCAGGAUCUCAGGCAUACAACACUCCAACUCAGCAGCAUUUCCAGUCGCAACAGGCGACACUGUAUCCGAACGGGGGUGCUGGAACGUCCUAUGAUCAGGCAUCCCAGUUUAAUAAUGUUAAUUCAGGGUGGAAUGAUCAAGCUGCCAACCUUCCAGCAGAGCAAGCACUGAAUUACGAUGAUCAAAGUGGAAACCUUCCGCCACCUCCUUGGGAGGCUCAGCCAGCGGCAAGCAACGAAAUGCCAAAUGGUGAAUUGGGAGGCGUGCAACCUCUCCCUGGGACAGCUGGGCAGUUCGGCGGCAUGCAGCAGGCAUUGCAACCACAAGUUAACCACAUGGGAGUUCCACAAAGGCAGCCAAUGUACAGCAACCAGUCAGGGAUUGGGGUGGCGCCAACACUGAUGCAGGCAGGCUUGGGGAACCAGCAGUUGGGUUCGACAUCCAUGAUGGGCAUGCCUCCACAGAUGUAUGGCGGCGGAUCGCAGGCAGCCAUGAUGUACCCGCAACAAAUGCCAGUGGCGCCGCAGCAGCCGAUGUAUGGUGGUGGUGGUGGUCGUCUGGCAGGGUACAUGCAGCAUCCUGCUGUGGCCGCUGCGCACUACUACAGCAACCUGGGGACGGCGGGAAUGUAUGGGUACCCCGGCGCGAACGGGCUGUCCCAGAGCAUGUAUGGCCUCUCGGUGCAGGAUAACUCGUCGUACCAGACUAAGACGGCGCCACCCUCUGCGGUGAUGAAGCCCGAAGACAAGCUUUUCGGCGACCUCCUGAGCAUUGCCAAGACCAAGAAAGCUUCAUGAGACGAGCACGAGCAGGAGCAGGAGCUUUGUCGUUUGAUCUUUUACACUUGUGUAACAUUCAUUGUCUGGCUGUCGUAUAAGCUUUUUGGGGUCCUCUUUUUUUUUUAAAAAACAUUAUUUGUUCCCACGAUCCCAUUGGAUUCGUUAUACCGUACGUAAAUG